CAGCAAGCACCGCUAGCACUACCACCACCAGCACCACUAUCACCGGCAGCAGCAGCAGCAGCAGCAGCACGAUCAGCAAUCGUAGCCACUGGCAGCACCGCCGUCGCGAGUCUCAGUCGCCACCGGCGCCACUACCGCCUCUACCACCGCCUCUAUAACCACCGCUCUUGGCAGUAGAGCCUCGCAGAGACGUCCACCUCGUGGUCGUCGGCACUUCCUUGCGGACGGUGCUGGUGUCCGGGUGGUUUUCUAGGACGUGCGUUUGCUCCACGAGUAAAGAGAAAGAAAGAGAGAAAGAGAAAGAGAGAGACGAGAUUGUCAGUAGAAUAGAAGAUAUCCAGUGGUAGGAAAUAGGGAAAAGAGAUAGAUAGAGAUAGAUAGAGAGAGAGAGAGAGAAAGAGGUAGUAGUAGUAGUAGUUGAAAGAAGAGGGGUUGAAUCAAAGGAAAAGGCAGCAGCGAGUAGUAGUAAGUUUUGAUAGUUCCCAUUAGACGACGUAUUAGACACGCGUAUCGAUGCACAUUCUCAUCUAUUAUCAUUGUGUACGGUGGCUGAGGUUUUAACUGCGCGCGCGAUAUUACGUUUUUGGAGGGUUUCUUCCCUCCUCUCGGGAGUGCCGUCGACGGUUGUUCUCGCGCGGGCUAUUCUACCGGCGAGGUAGGAGGAGGUGGCGCGGAGGGCGAUCGCAGGGUCGUCGUCCUUGUCAUCCGCAGCAAGUAGCGGAGGAAGGAAAGGGAAGGUACGGGACGGGACGGGCAGGGAAGGGUAGGGAAGGGAAGGGAAGGAGGGUCCAUCGGUCGAAGUGACGGUGCAUGGUGAAGUGUCGCGAGCGAAGCGGUGUCGUCUCGUCGAGGAGGUGGAGGAGGAGGAGUAGGAGAGGAGUGGCGGAAAUAGGCGAGAGAUUGGUCGCAGGGGUAAGGAUAAGGGUGGUAUCGGGCCGAGGAAAGGUUGCGAGUGUUUGUGGUGAUGCCUCGCAUCGGCGAGUCCUCCUCCAGGUCGUCGCAGGGUGUCGUCGUCGCAGGUGCGCUCGAGUCGCGCUCGCCCUCACCGACGACGCGGAUACGCUGACGAGGGCAGCCCACGGUGGCACGGCAGUCGUCGUCGCUCCUGCAGGCCAUGUAUUACGCUCCGGUAAUCGACCCUACCGGCAGCAGCUGCAGUGCCAGCGACCACCACCACCGGCAACUAGACCACCAUUACCAUCACCCCCAUCAUUCCCCUCAUCCCCAUCAUCCAAAACAACAACAACAACAACAACAGCAACAGCAACAAGAAGAGCAACCGCAUCAUCCUCGUCAUCGUCAUCAUCAUCAUCAAUAUCAUCGGCAUCGUCAUCGACUACUUCAACCGGCGGCUACAGAAGAAUCGAACAGGACGGAGGACGAGCCGGCUUAUGUCCUUUUACUUCGUUCACCCAAAAGACCAGCUGCUGCCUCCUGCUGUCACGCUGCGAGGAGACCGGGCAGAAGACGACGCGACGGUGGACAUGCCGUCAGGAUAUUCCUCGUCGCCACCGCCGCUGCCUUCCUCGCCCUCGCCGUUUCCCCGGUGUCCGGUACGUCGAACAAAAAAGAGGAAGAAGCGGCGGUGUCCUCGGUGGGUGUCACGGAAGAAAAUGGUGUCCUAGGCAUGACAAGGCCCAAACCAGGAAACAAUCCUGGUGGAGAUAUAGACUUAUUAGCAGCCCUGCAGCUGCACAAUACUACGCGGCAGGGUGUCACGCAGGUACAGGGACUGUUUAGACUGAGGGCAGCUUAUUAUCUUCAGGGCGAUGAAAGAGAGCUCCGACUCAGCGAGGCAAGUUUCAAACGAGUGGCUGCACUACUCCGGCGGGUUCCGGAAUUUACUAUAGCUACUGCAUUACGCCAGGAGGAGGCCAAUUCCGGGACGAUCGUCGCCUUUUCACACGGGAACAAUAGAUAUUUGGAGCUGCAGAGCAGCGGACGCAAAGAUGAACUUCGAUUACAUUAUGUAUCACGCUUAGACGGUAAUGUCCACGUCGAGGCAUUUCCUUUUCGUUUGGCUGACGGAGCCUGGCAUAGGGUUGCCAUGAGUAUAAGUGGCUCGCAGGUCGAGCUACUAGUCGACUGUCAUUCAAUCUACAGGCGAUUAAUCAUAACAGGCCCACCGGACACGAAUUUCACUCAACCACAAUUACAACUUUGGGUUGGACAAAGAAAUGCUAGGCAUUUUCUAUUCAAGGGUGCUUUGCAGGACGUCAUGCUGAUACCAGGACCCCAUGGAUAUCUCUCGCAAUGUCCUAGACUCGAUUCUGCUUGCCCUACCUGCGGACAAUUUUCUCUACUUCAGAAUACCGUCGAGAGGCUUAUGAUCGAUUACAAAAACUUGCAAGAAAGGCUAGCCGUUGCAGAGAACAGAAUAAGCAAGGUCGAAGAAUGCGAGUGCCAAAAAUCGUGCAGAGUCAAUGGUACCGUUCACGAGGACGGUGCAACCUGGGAAAAAGGUUGCCAACAAUGUUCUUGCGUUCAUGGUGAAAUCGAGUGUAGACCGACACCCUGUGCUCCCGUCCCCUGUAAAUAUCCAGUCAUUCCUCCGGGACAGUGCUGCUCGAUUUGCUUGAAACAAUGUUACCUGCACGGUAUUAUCUAUGAUCACGGGGAAAAGGUAUCACCGAAACAAUGCGUCGAAUGCGAUUGUUACGACGGUAGUUUUACCUGUCAGAGAUUCGACACCGAAACAAGGUGUCCACCACUGCCUUGUCCACCCAGUGAACAAAUCAGCGUGGCCGAGGAAUGUUGCAAGUUUUGCCCAGGGGUGGACUACUGCGCGAAGGGCCACAAGUGUCACGCUAACGCGUCCUGCCUGAAUCUCCAGACGACCUACGCCUGCCACUGCGAUAUCGGUUUCCAGGGGGAUGGUCAUAACUGUCACGACGUGGACGAGUGUAAGCAACAAGGUGGUUCGGAAGGUCAUCAUUGCAACGCCAAUACCAGAUGCGUCAACGUGAUCGGCUCUUAUACGUGCGAAUGUCUUCCCGGUUAUCACAGAGUCGACAAGUUCAAUUGUGCCGAAUUGGACGAAUGCGUUACAGGACAUCACACGUGCGACGAACACGCUACCUGCGUUAACACUGCCGGCAGUUAUUACUGCGUUUGCGAGGACGGUUAUGCCGGCGAUGGGCACACGUGUAAACCAAUUUGCAAUCAGACUUGCCAAAACGGUGGAGAAUGCGUUGCACCUGGUCGUUGUUCUUGCCGAAGAGGAUACAUCGGUAACAGCUGCGAACUCGACUUGGACGAGUGUGCCAGCGAUCUUCACAGAUGUCACGAAUCGUCUAGCUGUUUCAAUAUGCCCGGUUGGUAUUAUUGUCGUUGUAAACCUGGAUACAGAAGUGCUCUGCACGACAGCACCCAGGGUACUCAAUGUCUCGAUAUCGAUGAAUGCAACGACGAAACUAUCGAGAGAAGUCAUACGUGUCAUCCGACAGCAAAAUGCAUCAACACCGAGGGUGGUUAUGCGUGUGCCUGUCCAAGGGAGGAUAACGACACCGACAAAGAAUGUAGACUUAGUUGUAUGUUUGAGAAUAGAGAAGUGGCUAACGGUGAUACCUUGGCACCAGCAGGCAAUCCUUGCAGACGUUGCACUUGCAACGACGGUGUUAUUACUUGCCGAGAUCCAACUUGCGAUUGCAAUGUACCUGGUAGUCGCAAAGACAAAUGUUGUCCGCAAUGCGAUCCUGCGGCAUCCUGUAGACAUCAGGAAUUACAUCAUUUGAUCUUUAGGAGCGGGGAACGUUGGAUAUACCAAUGUCAGACUUGCGAGUGUCUGUACGGCGAGAUCGAUUGUUGGCAAAUGGAGUGUCCACCGAUUACCUGUUCGAAUCCGAUUACCGAAGAUGGCGACUGUUGUCCUCGUUGCGAGGACGAUCCUUGCGCGCGCGAAGUUGCCUUGAACGGUACAUCCUUGUCGAGUCCUAAUCAUCCAAGGCCGUGCAGCUACGCAGGCAUUAUACACGACAGUGGCAGCUCUUGGCAGGAUCCCCAUGACAAAUGCACCACGUGCGAGUGCAAGGUGCCGUACUGCGCCCAAUUGGACGGGCAGCUAUGCUGCAGCUACGAUUACGGCUGCGCUGGCGAUCUGGGUUACGAGCAGCAACAGCAACAGCAACGUCCUACAAUCGGUGUUCCUGAGUCUCUCGUACAGCCUCUAUCGGACUCUACGAGGUGGUCAUUGGUCGAGGGUACACAGGAAGCAGUUGUAUCAGCGGUCACCACCAGGGUCUAUCACCAACACCAACAGCAGCAGCACCAACAGCAACAACAGCAGCUCGUGUCGAUUGCAUCAUCAUCUUCCACCGUCGCCACCCCCCAUUCUUCAUCAUCCUCGUCAUCGGGAAGUAAUUCAUCAUCGGGCCCAGGUAGAAAGGUUUACCUCGGCAGUUCCAACAGGCAGCAACAACAACAACAACAACAACAACGACUCGUCCAGUCGCGAAACAAUCGUCGUUCCCGAUUUUUCGAAGAACAACAGCAGCAGCAGCAGCAACAGCAACAGCAGCAGCAACAAUUGCAACAACAACAACAACGAGCAACAACGACGAUAAGAGGUGAACAGAGCAUCGGUGGAACAACGGUGUCGGUGUCGCGUGGUUCGACUUCGAUCUCAACCUCAACGACAACGAUGCCAGCUACGAAGAACGUUUCUAACAAGAACCGAGACGAUUUCGAUCACGACUGUGCUAAAACGACUCGCCACCGAACGGCAUCAACCUCCUCCUCCCCCUCCUCCUCCUCCUCCUCCUCUUCCUCCUCUUCCUCAUCAUCAUCAUCAUCAACCUCCUCUACCCCGGUCUCUUCGUCAUUAUCCUCGAGCUCGUAUUCCAGCAGCUCAUCCACAUCCUCAGACUCUUCUUCCAGCAAUACGACUGCAAUAGCAACAGCAACAGCAGAAUCAUCAUCAACUGUCACCCUUCUCGUCCCAUCCUCCUUGUCAACGAUCGACGAGUUUUCAACGUAUCCCACGAAAACGUCAAAUUCGAUUAAAAAAUCAAACGAAGAAGGUGUUGACAGUGUCGCUACUGAUCAUCCAGGUGCUCGUAAGGUUACUACUACUACUACUACUACUACUACUACUACCGGUAACGUUGUUUCUUCUUCUUCUUCUUCUUCUUCUCGUGAUCGUCGAUCAUCAUCCUCGUUAACACCAUCGGUUGGACGCCGUCACAAAUACGACAAGGACGAGUCAUUUUUACGCGGUAACCCAACUUGAACGAGCCCAAUCUCGGGGAAGUUAGAAAAGAUGAGAGAGAUAUGUAUAUAUAUAUAUAUUAUAUUAAUAUAUAUAAAUAUAUAUAUAUAUGAUUGCGUCGAGAUGUUCGGUAAGGCAUUCCACGGGACGUACAAACAAAAAAAAGAAAAAAAAGGAUUUCUUUGAACAAAAUAUGGGAAGGGAAAAGAUGGAGAUCGUAGAACCGAAAUGUUUGUUACAAGCCACGACGACGAUUAUCAAAAAGAAAGAACGAGAUAGAAACAAUGACAAAGACAGAGACAUAGCAGAAGCCAAUGGGAAAGAAAGAAAACGAAGAAACCGAAAAAAUGUCCGAACAUAAUGGAAAUAUAAAAGGAAACUUUUCGUAACCUUCUAAAUGGCCAGGAUAGAAAUCCGAGGAGUCGUGAGGUUGCCUUAGUGCUUCCCGAAUUCGCAGAUUCCUACUUUUUUUUUCCAGGAUCGAUUCGAGUUCGCUGGCUUUCUCCCUCCUUUAUUUCUAAUCCAAAUAAACCCCAGCCUCACCCCCACAACCCUCGCCCUACGACCCUCCUACACCUAGACUUUCGAAGAAAAGAACAAAAUGUAAUUAUUUUUUGUUCUUCUGCUUUCCGAUGAUCGAUUGCGUUAACGUGGAUCGAGCAGAAGCAUUUAGCCGAGCUUUCGAUGAGCUUUUGAUAUAUAUAUCAUGACAUUUCGAUUAAGAUUCGCUUAUCGCAAAGUUUUCAAAUGAUCGAUAAGCGAAUCUUAAUACGAAUCGUUAAAAAUCGUUUAUAUGUAUUAAAUGAUAUCUACGAUAUAAUCGUCGUAUACGAUUUAACGAGGAACGAGUUAUGUAUAAAAUGAACAAAAACAACAAGAACAACAAGAACAAGAACAACACACUUUCGUCUUAUUUCGGCGUAAUUUUCAUCGACACUGGUAGCGCACAAUAUUUGGGCCUUAUAAGAGUAUAAAAAUUCAAUGUUUCCGCUGAUUCUACGACUCCUAAAGUGAUACGAGGAAGAAGAAAAUGAGAGAGAGAAAGAGAGAGAGAGAGAGUUAAGAAAAUAAUAUACUCAAAUACAAAUAUACAUACAUACGAACUUACAUGUAUACAUAUAUACAUACAAACGUAAAAGAUAAUUUCCUUUCUCCUUUGAGCCGUUAGAAAAUGAGAGUAAGCGGUAAUAUACAAAGUGAUCCAAUCAAAUCUAUCCACCCUUAAUCUGUUCAACAUUUUUCGAAUAAAUUGAAAUUUCAAUACGAUUGAAUAAAACAAACUAAGAGAGUGCAUACAUUUUAUUGGUUCACUAUGUAUAAUAUAUAUAUAUGAUAUAUAUUUGUGUAUCAUAAGGAAACAUAAUUCGCGAGGAUGAUAGAAAAAAUGUUCUAGAAAUAAUAAGAGGACGUUUAAGAAACAAACCCCCUUCCCACCAUACCCCGAGCGUGUAUUACAAUUGCAUAUUUAUAGAGACGCGUAAAUUGCAAACAACAACAACAACAAAAAUAUAUAUAUAUAUAUAUAUACAUAUGUGUAUGUAUGUGUGUGUGUGUGUAUGUGUAUAUUCGACGAUAUAAAAGAAAAAAAGAGGAAAAGGAGAUACGAGUAUGAAACUUAUUCGAUGUUGAAUAUAUAUCCUUUAAUUAUUAUUCCCGAUCAUUGUGUGUCGGAUCGAGAAUUUCAAGAUGGACGGUAAUAAACGAGAGUAUAUUAACUCGAAAUAUAGAAAUAAUAUACAUACACGCAAAAUAAAAGAUAUCUCUCUGGAAUAUAUAUAUAUAUAUAUAUAUAUCCAUUU